AUGCUCGCCCACCGACCGGCCAAGGGGCGUCCGGGUGCGGUUGCGUCGCCCCACCGGCCGAAAGCCCUCCCCCUGACCCCCUGUCGGAGAGGUGCGCGGGCCCGAUGGCCCAGAAUCGGCACCGUCCGCGCCGUGCAGGACACCCAGAAACAGGCGGAGAAGGAGAGCCAGGCGGGCGAGCUUGAACUGGAGAGCGAGGGGUCGGCGGCGGCCCAGCUGCUGGGCAUAAGGGGCGGCAGCAAGGAGACGGACAAGUGGAAGAUCCGGCUGCAGCUGACCAAGCCGGUGACCUGGGUGCCGCUGAUUUGGGGCGUGGUGUGCGGCGCCGCGGCUUCUGGCCAGUACGAGUGGAGCAUCAACGACGUGGCGCGGUCGCUGGCGACGAUGGUACUGGCGGGGCCGCUGCUGACGGGCUACACGCAGACCAUGAACGACUGGUACGACCGCGAGAUCGACGCCAUCAACGAGCCCAACCGGCCCAUCCCCUCGGGCGCCAUCGCGCCCUGGGAGGUGAUCGCGCAGAUUUGGGUCCUGCUACUGGCAGGCGUGGGCGUGGCCUACGGCCUGGACAAGUGGUCCGGGCACGACUUCCCCGUGGUGACGGCCCUGACGUUCUUUGGCUGCUUCAUCUCGUACAUCUACUCGGCACCGCCGCUCAAGCUGAAGCAGUCGGGGUGGAUCGGGAACUACGCGCUGGGGUCCUCCUACAUCGCCCUGCCCUGGUGGGCCGGCCAGGCCGUGUUCGGGACGCUCACCCUGGACGUCAUGGUGCUCACCGUGCUGUAUUCGAUCGCUGGCUUGGGGAUCGCCAUCGUGAAUGACUUCAAGAGCAUCGAGGGCGACAGGGCGAUGGGUCUGGAGUCACUGCCCGUGGCUUUCGGCGUGGAGAAGGCGAAGUGGAUAUGCGUGGGCAGCAUCGACGCCACGCAGCUGUGCGUAGCGGCCUACAUCGCUUGGGGGCUGCACGACGAGACCAAGGCUCUCAUCCUCCUGGCACUCAUCCUGCCGCAGAUAUUCUUCCAGUUCAAGUACUUCAUCCCCGACCCCGUCGCCAACGACGUGAAGUACCAGGCGUCCGCGCAGCCCUUCCUGGUGUUUGGUCUCCUGACCACAGCGUUGGCAGUGGGGCAGUACAACAUGGGGUGA